UUUCCUGUACGCCGUGCUAUCCCACGAGGAUAUUUGCGCAGCAGCUACAGCUCAUUGCAGUGCUGUAAAACAGCAGGUCCUCUGUCAUUGCAUUUGUAGAACACCUGCUGCGCCCAUCGGUGACAGCUAGAAGAAGGAUUUCAGUUGCAGGCUGAGGAGCAGUAUGUUACACAUCAGCCGCCACGUUCGAGGCGUGCAACAGGCAGUCGUGGCUGGGAGCCGGCCAGCUGCAAGACAUCGCCAGACGAUGUGGAGAUCCCUCUCCGCUCAACCAUGGGAGACGGUGGAAGGCCGUGCGUCUCCGGCUGGGCACAUCGCAAAAACGCGAAACAUUGGCAUAUCUGCCCAUAUUGAUAGCGGCAAGACUACGCUUACGGAGCGUAUCCUGUACUACACUGGGAGAAUCAACUCUAUCCACGACGUCCGGGGAAAGGAUGGCGUUGGAGCAAAGAUGGACUCGAUGGACCUCGAAAGAGAAAAGGGCAUCACCAUCCAAUCUGCGGCUACAUUUUGUGAAUGGGAUAACCACCACAUCAACAUCAUUGACACACCAGGACACGUUGAUUUCACAAUCGAGGUUGAACGAGCCCUCCGCGUUCUCGAUGGCGCCGUCUUGGUGCUGUGCGGCGUGUCCGGGGUCCAGUCUCAAUCUCUUACCGUCGACCGCCAGAUGAAGCGAUAUUCUGUACCUCGAGUAGCAUUCAUCAACAAGCUGGAUCGAGCCGGAGCGAACCCGCAAAGAGUUAUCAACGAUAUGCGCAGCCAACUCAAGCUGAACACUGCUGCCGUCCAACUGCCCAUCGGCUUGGAAGAUGGGCACUCGGGAGUUGUCGACCUCGUCUGCGGAAAGGCCUACCAGUUUACGGGUGUGAAAGGGGAAAACGUGGAUGAGAUUGCCGUGCCUGAGAGUAUGAAGGAUGAUGUGGUAGCUGGAAGGGCGCUGCUCGUCGAAAUGAUGGCAGAUCUGGAUGAGGACGUGGCAGAGCUGUUCCUGAUGGAGGAAGAGGUAGAUGAUGCCACGCUAAAGGCGGCGAUGCGACGAGCGACGGUGUCUCUCAAGUUCGUCCCAGUGUUUAUGGGGUCAGCUUACAAGAAUAAGGGAGUGCAACUGCUGCUCGACGGUGUAGUCGACUACUUGCCGAACCCGUUGGAGGUGCCCAACUUCGCCCUGGAUACAACAAAUGACGAGAAGAAGGUGCUUGUUGAGUGCUGCCCGGACUCGCCUACUCUCGCCCUGGCCUUCAAGUUGGAAGAAGGAAAGUUCGGCCAGCUCACGUACAUGCGCCUUUAUCAGGGGAGCAUCUCCAAGGGGGACAUGUUGUUCAACCUCAAUAGCGGGAAGAAGUUGAAGGUGCCACGUCUUGUGCGCAUGCACUCAGCAGAAAUGCAGGACGUCGAUACAGUGGCGGCAGGAGAUGUGGUGGCGAUGUUUGGCGUCGACUGCUCCUCCAUGGACACCUUUACCGACGGAAGGACGCAGCUGGCGAUGACUUCCAUGUUCGUGCCGGAACCUGUGAUGUCUUUAGCGAUCACUCCAAAGAAAAGCAAGAAAGGUGGAGGAAGCGACACCGCGGACAAAUUCAGCAAGGCGUUGGCCCGCUUCACCAAGGAGGACCCUACGCUCCGGGUACACACUGACGACGACAGCAAGCAAACAAUCGUGAGCGGUAUGGGCGAGCUGCAUCUGGAGGUGUAUGUAGAGCGACUGAGACGCGAGUACGAUGUUGAAACCAUCGUCGGCCAGCCACAAGUAAACUACCGGGAAACGAUCACGAAGAAGGUGCCGUUCCACUACCUGCACAAGAAGCAGACGGGAGGAUCAGGGCAAUUUGCGCGCGUCAUGGGCUUCGUCGAACCUAUUCCUGACGAGACGCGGGAUGACAACAACGACCCUGUACAGUUCGAGUUCCAAAAUCGGACAGUGGGAUCGAACAUCCCGCCGGAAUACAUCUCGUCGGUGGAAAAAGGCGCGAAGGAAGCGAUGGAGAAGGGGGCCUUAAUUGGGCAUCCAGUUCAGGGGGUUCGAGUGGUUCUCGAAGAUGGGCAGACUCACACAGUAGAUUCCAGCGACAUGGCGUUCCGUUUCGCGGCAUUGAUGGCUGUUCGAGAGUCCAUCUUAAAGGCGGGAGCGCAAGUACUGGAACCAAUCAUGUCUGUGGAGGUGAUGGCACCAAAUGACUUCCAAGGAUCUGUGAUCGGGGGCAUCAAUAAACGGUCAGGGAUUAUCCAAAACACCGACAUGAGUGACGAUGGUUCUGGUUGUGUGAUCCAGGCUGAUGUUCCUUUGGCUCAGAUGUUUGGUUACUCUACGGACCUGCGAUCGUCGACUCAAGGAAAAGGGGAAUUCACUAUGGAAUACAAGGAGCACAGUCCCGUGAGCAGGGAUGCCCAGCAAACGUUGAUGGCCGAGUACCGUGCACGGCUUGAAGCUGGGGGCAAAUAAACACCAAUAGCGAACGGUUCAAGCAGUGUCAUGUGGCAGGACGUUGGAGGGAACAUUGGGUGCCACACAAGACCGACAGGAGGGAGUCAACUGCUGCUUGUCACUCGCGGGGCAGAAGUUUCGCCGAAGGAAGAUGCUUUCGUUGUUGGGUUCUAUCGACCCAGUCGGAGUUUCACAAGGAAACCAUCGUCUCUCCCCUUGCUACCGGUGUGUAAUCGAGUGGAGGAUUGCCGUUUCGUUGGCGUGGAUGGGUGCAGUAAUCACAUCAUUUUGUGGGUUCCACCCACUUGAGCGUUACUAUAUCAAAGUCCAUGCUCGUUGGUGGUGGGAAUGAAUGUGUUGUCCUCACAUUGACUGAGAAAAAUCCAGUAUCUGCCCAGUAUCUUCCGACACCUGUACUGGUCAACUGACCCCUGUUCCGUGUUCACUGGCGAAAUAACUAGCUAGAGAGGGCAUCCUAAUGAAAUCAAAGGGAAAAUCCUGAGGCUCUUAGCUUCAAUCUCAUCGAGUCCUGUCCGCGGGUGGAUGUCUCGUCUCGAUUCCCACCCUUGCCCAGCAGGGUCUCAACUGCCGAUCCCGAGCCAUGCCGCAAAUGUUGCCACCUCUCAAGCAUGGCUCGGUAAGGAAUUGUAAAUGAUGAUCCCUAAGUUGCAUGAGUUUUUGCCUCCUGUGGCGGGACAAGAUUCGAAUUUGUUUAUUUCGCAAUGUGAAUAGUAUCGGACCGGGUUCAGGUUCUCGCCCCACACAGGGGGUCGUUCUUGCAGACGGGCGUGCGUCUUGAUUAUUUCGCAAUUGAGCAUGGGUGAUGUUCUGUGCAGCUGUCCCCAGCGCAUUCAUCUGCGUAUAGUCUACAGGAGCACAUCUCUAGAGGAGCCGGGGCGGACCCGGGGCGUUUCUCGCGUUUAGCAAUGCGCAUCUAUCUCCCACGGACAGUAGCGUUACUAUUUUUUCGAGGUUCACAUCGAUGGAUUCUUGUGCAUCGUUCGCCCGCGCCAAGUGUGUUUUUUGGUCAAUGAGAGGCAAACAGUGUUGUAUCCGGGUGCCGUAUGCAUAUGUGAUAUGGUAUGCUGCUGCCCUUGCUGUUGCUGGAGCAUUGGUGUGAUAGUUUCCGUAGGACCGCUGCAUUUCGGUUGCUUUUGUCCUCAAGGGUAACAUGAUGUGUGUAGCCUGCUACGUGUACGACUCUGCGUAGGUGUGAAAUGGUCAUCAUCCCCUCCUGUAUCUAUCAAUCGUGUGUGCGCUGUGAGGUGUGAGCGAGCGAGUCGACAACGCAAUAUACUAUUUACAACACGUUCCACAG